UUUCCCUUUUCCCCUUUUUUAUUCGAAUAAUACCACCAUGCAGUCCAUCAAAUGUGUCGUCGUUGGCGAUGGUGCCGUUGGUAAAACCUGUCUACUUAUUUCGUAUACCACGAAUGCUUUUCCUGGCGAAUAUAUCCCCACUGUCUUCGAUAAUUAUUCAGCCAACGUAAUGGUCGAUGGCAAGCCUAUCAACUUGGGCUUAUGGGAUACUGCUGGUCAAGAAGAUUAUGAUCGUCUUCGUCCACUGUCGUAUCCACAGACCGACGUGUUCCUCGCCUGCUUCUCGCUCGUGAGCCCUCCUUCGUUUGAAAAUAUUCGCACAAAGUGGUACCCUGAAAUCAGCCAUCAUGCGCCCAACACACCGAUCAUUCUUGUCGGCACGAAACUUGAUCUGCGUGAGGAUAAGCAGACCAUCGACCGUCUCCGUGAAAAGCGCAUGGCUCCCAUCAGCUACUCGCAGGCCGUUCAGAUGUCGAAGGAUAUUGGAGCAGCGAAAUAUUUGGAAUGCUCGGCACUCACGCAAAAGGGACUCAAGAACGUGUUUGACGAAGGCAUCCGCGCCGUGCUGUCUCCACCGGCCCGACCAAAGAAGAAGAAAGGCUGCUUGAUCUUGUAGACAUUUCUUUUGCGCUUACACUCUACUAGUAAUCCUCCCACCCCCACCCCCUUCUUGAUCUUCUUCCUUUAGUCUUUUUUUUUUUUAAAAAAAAGAAAAAUUCCUCCCUAAGACAACAGCAAAAAAUAAGAAAAAAAAAGCACAAUUCACUCGCAAGCAAUCUAGCCACUAAUACCUCUUUACUGUCUUCUCUGUCUCUCUUCCUCUCUAUAUUUCACUGUCACACACACACACACACGAACACACGCUCUCUCUCUUUCUCUCCAACUCACUUAUAGUACUCUUCUUCCUUUCUUUCUCUCUCUCUCUCUCUCUCUCUCUACUUCUUCAUUUCUAUCGCUUUUU